AUGUUUAGUUUAGCUAACAUACAAUCAGAGCAAGAAUGAUUAGGUGGGAUCUACCCCCUUUUGUUUCCCUUCCCUUUUCUUUUGUCCCUUGAACCCAAAAACUCAUAUCCAUUAAUAAUAAAACCUAAAAAACAAAAGAAAAAACAUCAUAAACUUCCUCCUAUUUCCUCUUUUUUCAUGCUUCCUUCAACCCAAAAAGUACCUCUUACUCUUACCACCUCCAAAUGAUUCCGUUCAUCACCGGUGACAUGCUCCGGCAAGACGACUUCCCAGGCACAGAACAAAUGCGGCGACUGCUACUCGGCAAGGCGGCAGAAACACCGGCAGCAUCCAUAAACGGGAACAGAACACAUGACGGCGCCGGCGUCGGCGGCAACGACGCCAACUUCGACACGAACAUGGUCAUCAUCUUAGCAGCGCUGUUGUGCGCGCUGAUAUGCGCUCUGGGGCUCAACUCCAUCGUGCGUUGCGCGCUAAGGUGUGGCCGGAGAAUAGCGUUUGAGACGCCGGAGGAGACUGCAGCGAGGUUGGCUGGAACUGGACUUAAGAAGAGAGCAUUGAGACAGAUUCCGGUGGCCGUGUAUGGACCGGAGGCCGGAAUACUGGCCACUGAUUGUCCUAUUUGUCUCGGAGAGUUCGCCGACGGUGAGAAGGUGAGAGUGUUGCCAAAGUGUAACCAUGGAUUUCAUGUGCGUUGCAUUGAUACUUGGCUUAGUUCGCACUCUUCUUGUCCGACUUGCCGCCAUUCGCUGCUUGAUCGGACGGCGGUGGAGGGGCCGCCGGAGACUGGUGGGGAUGCGCCGGUUCCGGUGACUUCGCCGGAGGAUUAUGUGGUGGUAGAUGUUAGGAGCAGCAGCUGACCUUGCAUGGAUCAUUUGGAAGAAUUGGUUGAGAAAUUUUGGGGAAUGUGGUCCAAAAUUGCAAAGCAAGGACAUGAAGAUGCCUUAAAUUGUGCAACCAGAUGAGUAGACAUUAGACAAGAUGGGGGGCCAUGAACAUACAUACGGUUCUUCUCAAAUUUGUUUUUUCAAUCAAUGCAAAUGUCUGAUUGGCCAUGCUCUGAAUUGAAAAGACCAAGAAGCACUCAAGUCUAUGGGGUCUUUUCAACUUAUCUGCUUUAUGUGAUGCUCUCUACUACCAACCUACAACCGAAUCACUCUGCUAUUACCAAUCUCCAUCUAGUUUUUAAAAUGUAUGAUUUCUUUUAUUGGGUUUCA